AUGCAGACAUUUUGGCCACGGGCCCAGAUACAGGCCUAUACCUGCCGAUGUGGCUCUUGCUUGAAGAGCUCUACCUCAAAUGCUGCAUCUAACCGAACCGUAUCUGCGGCAAGUCGAAGGCGGCUGUUAAUUGGGAAUAGCGUUACCGGAUUUUAUGCCACUUUAUUUGCUACUGCUGUUGCAUGGGAUACUAGCGUCAAGACAAGAAGAAGGAUCGAGAGACAACAAGAAAUUGAAGCUGUGAAAGCAGAGGUUGAAGCGCUGGAGCUUGAUCAACUCCGUCGAUUAGAAGCUCUAGCAUCAAGGAAGAGGACUCGGACGUCAACUCCAUCACAACAACGGAGGGGAUACAGUACAUCUACAAGGCCGGACACAUUUCGGCGCACAUACCGUGGAUUAUCGACCCAGGCUGUCGGAGCUCAAUCUCGAAACUCAGAAGUAGAAGCGCUUGAUGUGGAAUACAUCAAUCCAGGAACGGAGAACUCAGCAACCCUCCAGAUACAAUCACACCCCCGCGAGCUAACGAAUUACGAUCUGGACGUGGACCCCAGGUCUGAGGCCGAAAUAGAACGAUAUGAAAGCGACCUCUCACUUAAGGAUAUUCUACGGCAACGGGCGAUUCUCCGAUUAGCUGCAAGACAACUAGCGAUUAAGAUGAUCCUACGGCCUGCUCUAGCUCACUUGUAUGCUGGCGUGCCGUUUACUUCUCGGACAUCUUGCAUCCUCCCGGAUAUCGAAAUAGAAAAGCUUCUGGAAGAACUCGAAGAUAUCCGGGUUAGAAUAGCUAAACUCCGAAGUUCUCGGGAUGCAUGGUUCGGCGAUCUUGCCAGGAAUAUCACAAUAGUGGAGCAUGAGAAUCUAAUCGCAGAGAGGGCUGCUUUGAAUGAAGAUUUGAAGCGGAUGUAUACCAUGUACCAAGAUGACGAAUUGACGUCUCGAGAUCUGCUUGUCAAAGUUGCGGAGAAUAUCUUAUCGUCGGAAGAGCCAUUAUCACGGCUUUCCGUGUCUCUAAUGAUAAGGAUGUUUGGUCGGUCGAGGCAAAACGAUGUGGUGAACAUGAUAAUUGACUCGAUAUUCCCGAAUGGCCUCAUUCUUGGAGAAGGAGUGAUUAUCGCUACCCUGGACUUCUUCAACAAAUCUAAAGAUUUGUAUAGGUUUGAUGGUUUCUUAAACAGGUUGCUCGGAGGAAAAUUGCUACGUUUACCGCAGUAUUGGAAACUCACCAAGGUCGGCAACAUCGAAAUUCCAGUACCACCAAGGGGCAGCGACCAUGCAAUUUUGAGCACACUUAUAUCUUCCGCUCUUGGUUUUAACCAGCCGCAGAGGGCAGAUGCCUGGUUAGCCGUCAUGAGACAUCGUGGAUAUUCAGACAAUCCGCACAUACUAGGAUCUUAUCUACGAUAUUAUACACAACAGCAGGACUGGGAAAGCGGUGGUUUGCUUCUCUUGAGAGUGGUAGAUUAUAUAUCUUCCACUGUGGCGGAUAAUGAGGGUCAGUUUGAACGACUGAUAUUAUACAUGGCCGCCUUCUGCAAUUCUUGUGGAAAAGACAGACUGGGGAACUCCAUUCUAAAAGCUGCUGCCGCCCAUGGUAUUGAUUGGCAAGAUGCCUACAAUUCUACCGAUGAGAGAAUCGUCAUUUUGUCCACUUUGGAGCGGUGGCGCGCAGCUGCGGAACUUCCCAAACUUCCGGUUUCCCAAUUAUCUAUUGAUGAGAGACACAGAGCCUUUGCAAAUAGCGUUAGAGGAGCCAUCCAGCAAGCCGUAUCAAUAACACAGGACCGAAAUGCGUCAUACCACCGGAGGUACGACCAGCUUGCGUACGACAUUCGAAGCUCUGAAUUGGUCAUCCGUGAUUUGAAAUUUGAAAUGGACAAGGAGAGUCAUAUGCGACAUAUGAGGGAUUUACAUCUCAAGCUAUCUAAGCCAAGCCAGGCGGAAUCCAUCCGGGAGGAAGUUCACUCUUUGGAUAUAGCCAUCCGUGACAUUGCAUUGGAGAUUGAACGCCAAACGCGAAAAGCAGAAAUGGCUACUCUAAAAUCACAGCUGGACAUGAUACAGACAAUGAUGUCUCACCAGUUUCCAAAGGCGGAUACGACAACUCAGGAACCAUCUAUAUCUUCUAAGUUUACUGCUGCAAAACCUCAUUCAGCUGUCUCCUCUGCCGCCAUUGAAUUACAGAGACCUCCAACGAAAGUUUCCCCCCAAAUAAAAAAGGUCUCAACAAUCAAUAAAUACCCCUUUUCAAACAUUCGCAAAUCCUACCAAUCUUUCCCGUCUAAUUGA